AAUGCUAAAUUGACACACCAAAUCCCUUAUACGCGAACACAAAUUUCAUAGUUCUCUAUCUCCUUUCGUGUGAAUAUUUGAAGCUUAAGACAAUGGAAGAAACUCCUAAGCUCCUUCAUGGAACAAUUGAAAUUACCAUCUUUAAUGCCUCACCUUACUCAUCUUUUUUUCCCUUCAAUUGCAUAUUCAAAAGUGGAAAGCCUGCUUAUGUGACCAUCAAGGUAGACAACAAGAAGGUUGCAAAAACGAGUCAAGAAAGUGAUCGUGUAUGGAACCAAACCUUUCAGAUUCAAUGUGCUCAUCCACCUGAGUCAACUAUCACCAUUGCACUGAAAACAUCAUGUUCCACAUUGGGCAAAUUCCACAUCCAGGCCCAACAGCUGUUGAAGGAAGGAAGUUUAAUCAAUGGGCUCUUCCCUCUCCUCAUGGAAAAUGGAGAACCAAACCCAAAACUCAAGUUGAAGUUUGUAUUGUGGUUCAAGCCAGCAGAAUUGGAACCAAGUUGGGCAAAAGUACUCAGCUAUGGGGAGUUUCAAGGGCUGAGGGAUGCUGCAUUCCCACAAAGGUCCAAUUGUCAUGUCAAACUUUAUCAUGAUGCUCACCAUUCUCCAGCUUUCCAACCUCCCUCUGAUCUAUGUGGGACUCCACAAAAGCUUUGGGAGGAUGUCUAUAAAGCCAUUGAAGGUGCAGAAUUUAUAGUUUACAUUGCAGGCUGGUCCUUGAAUCCCAAGAUGGUUCUGGUUAGAGAUCCUCAUACAGAGAUUCCACAUGCCAGAGGAGUAAAGCUGGGUGAGCUAUUGAAGAAGAAGGCAGAGGAAGGUGUGGCUGUGAGAGUCAUGCUUUGGGAUGAUGAAACAUCUUUGCCUUUUAUCAAGAACAAAGGUGUGAUGAACACCCAUGAUGAGGAUGCCUUUGCUUACUUCAACCACACAAAGGUAAUAUGCAGAAAAUGUCCAAGAUUGCACCACAAGUUCCCCACAUUGUUUGCUCACCAUCAGAAGAUAAUAACAGUGGACACCAAAGCACCCAAAUCCAUUGGUGACAGAGAACUCACAAGCUUUCUGGGUGGGUUAGAUUUGUGUGAUGGAAGAUAUGACACAGAGCAGCAUUCACUGUUUCACACACUCAUUAAGGAAUCCCAUUGCUAUGACUUCUACCAAACAGACAUUGGAGGAGCAAGCCUCAACAAAGGAGGGCCAAGAGUGCCUUGGCAUGAUGCUCAUGCCAGUGUUACCGGUGAGGCGGCUUGGGAUGUGUUAACCAAUUUUGAGCAAAGAUGGACAAAGCAGUGUGAUCCUUCUCUUCUAGUCCCUGCUAGCACAUUGGUAAAUCUCAUGCCUCAAACAAGCUCAAGCACUCCCAAAGAAAGGGAUUGGAAAGUUCAAGUGUACAGGUCAAUUGACCAUGUAUCUGUUGGCAAGUUGCUUGGGCAGUUAACUGUGGAGAGGAGCAUCCAUGAAGCUUAUGUUGAGGCAAUUAGGCAUGCUGAGAGGUUUAUAUACAUUGAGAACCAAUAUUUCAUUGGGGGGUGCCAUUUGUGGGAGAAAGAUAGGGAUUGUGGCUGCACAAAUCUAAUUCCCAUUGAAAUUGCACUGAAGGUGGUUAGCAAGAUCAAAGCAAAGGAGAGGUUUGCAGUGUACAUAGUCAUGCCUAUGUGGCCAGAAGGAGUGCCUGAAAGUGAACCUGUUCAAGAUAUACUUCAUUGGACAAGAGAAACAAUGACAAUGAUGUAUAGGUUGAUUGGAGAAGCAAUACAAGGGAGUGGGGAACCAGGACACCCAUCAGAUUACUUGAAUUUCUUCUGCCUUGCAAAUAGGGAGCAGAAGGGGAAAGGGGAGUAUCUUCCACCAGAUUCUCCUCAACCUGGAACACAAUACUGGAAUGCUCAGAAAAAUAGGAGAUUCAUGGUUUAUGUUCACUCCAAGUUCAUGAUAGUGGACGACCUAUACAUGCUAAUAGGAUCAGCUAAUGUGAACCAAAGAUCCAUGGAUGGGGAAAGGGACACUGAGAUAGCCAUAGGAUGCUACCAGUCUCAAGAUGGAGCUGCUAACCAAAUGAACCUAGGUGAUAUUCAUGCAUUCAGAAUGUCACUAUGGUAUGAGCACACCAAUAGUGCUGAGGAAUUGUUCUUGGAGCCAGAAACAUUGGAAUGUGUGCAGAGGAUGAAAUCAAUAGGAGAUCAAAUGUGGGAAAUCUACAGCAGUGAAGAGGUUGUGGACAUGGAGGGUGUGCACCUUGUUACUUACCCUGUGAGGGUUACACAAGAAGGGCAUGUGAAGGACCUUGCCGAUGGAGUUCACUUUCCUGACACAAAUUGUCUAGUGAAGGGGAAGAGAUCCAAAAUGUUGCCCCAUAACUUUACCACUUAGACAUGAAGUUGAGAUAUGAAUACACAAACACAUUAGGAAUCUAACUUAAUGUAUAUGGAAGCUCUUAAAACAAAAACCCUGUAUUGAAUGAGCAUAUUUUCAUAGUACUGAAGUAUGCCGUGUUUACCCUUAAAUUUAAAAGUAUAACUAGAUAUCCUAGACUUGUGACAUUAAGCAUAUUCAGAUGAUUGGAAAGUUCUUGAUAUCCAUUAAGUACUUCCAUUUAGGUUGGGACUCAUGACCAAUGGGGUGUGAAGUGGAAAUAUUACUUCUUAGUGUUUGUAAGAAGACAUCUCGAUCUCUCAGUGUUUAUAUAUUUUAUAUAACUAGUUAAAAAAUAUGUUU